UAUACAUUUUUCGCGCUACUGCCCGAUCGAGGCGUUCGUCAAACUUCACCAAAUCCGCGCGACUCCAACUCCGAAAUAAUCUCGAACAGAUGCGCACUCUACCCCAGCGUCCAUGACUACCCUCGUGCAAACCCGUCAGCCACUACAAGUCCUGAGCAUGAGCAAUCAGCCCAAGCGUCGUAGGAGCUCGCGCCUCGCCGCAUAUGAUGAGCAGGAUGGUGACUUUCAUUUCACGCGAGGAUCGAAGCGGAUAAAGACGCAGCCAGAAGCGAUACCUGAGGACGAACCAGCGCCAGCGCCAGCUCCAGCUCCAGCACCAAAACAAAAAUCAGCACCCAUAGCAAGAAGAGGCAGACCGAAACAGAAUAAAGAAGUACCGUCACCACAACCCGCUCCGGUAUCUGCACCAGCACCAGCACCUGCCCCUGCACCCAGGAGAAAUGCGAAGAGGAGGUCUAGUCAAAUGUCAGAUGAUCAAGAUGAAGCGCAAACACCGCCACAACCACCACCUGGACCGGCACAGAGAAGUACACGGCGAAGAGGUCGACCGUCUGCGGAAAAGACAGAGAAGGAACCGGUGAAGGCUACGAAUGGGAUUAUUAAUAAAAAGAAGAAGCGGGUCGAAGAGGUGCACGAGGAGGAAGAGCCCCAAGAAGAAAUUCAAGCAAUCGAAUCAACGCCCAGAGACGAGCCCAGAGGAAGAAAUGGAGAUAAUGCUUUGGAGUCUAAGAAGAUCGCGCUGCCGUUUAGUGAUACGCCGAUCAUGAACCGAAACAAAGAGAUGCGGAGGAAAACAGGUGCCCGAAGAAGCAGUCUAGGCAUGCGCGGACGGCGAGCAAGCUCACUCAUAGAAAAUGGCCACAAUGCGAUACCGCACAAGGCGGUGGACUCCGGCGAGUUCUACAAGCAUAUCGAGGCCGAGCUGAUGGAACCGCGCCGGAUGAAGCAGCUAUUAACGUGGUGUGGAGAACGAGCAUUAUCAGAGAAACCACCGUUAGGGUCUACGAAUUCUAAUGAGAUUCUAGGGGCCCGAGCGAUUCAGGAUCAACUAUUGAAGGAUUUUGCUUCGAGGUCGGAGUUCUCUGACUGGUUUGCUCGAGAAGAUAUACCGCGCCCUCCGGCUAUAGUGAAGCCGAACCCGCGAAAUAUCGAGCACGAGGAAAAAAUAAGUGAGCUUGAGGAGAGGAUAAAACGAUUAAAAGCAGAAAAGCGAACAUGGCAAUCCCUCAAACAGCCGCCCCCCGAACUCCCACCGCUCUUCCCCGAAACAGACACGAAGUCUCUCCCGCUCCCAGACGCCUCCCUCCUCGACGCAGACGAAGCUCAGAUUCUAAACUCCCUCAUGAACCCGCCCGCCUCUUCUUCCUCUAUCCUAAAGCCGCAGAAACUGCAGCAACGGCUCCGUGCUAUGCACGAAUCCCUCGAGUACAGCAUCGACCAACUCUCCGCAAACGUGCACAAGCUAGAGCGAACAGUGGCUUCAGGCACCUUCCAAGCAGACAAAGUUCUCGCUCUCAGCGCGGCGAGAUUGAAGGAACGGGAGGAGAAGGAGAGAAAGAGCGCCGGCACGAAGGAUAUGCCUGUUAUGGAGGUCCUGAGAAGUCUGGGUAGGAUACUGCCGCCAGAGAGCGGGGGCGGGGGUUGAUGUGUAUUGGUAUAUCAACCUCUAACCGAGGAAAGAAAAAAAAGAAUUACCCCCGUCCGGAUUACUUGUCCGUCUGUCUGUCCGUGUUGCCUCGGCUCCGGGAGCAGGAGAAUGGAAUGGGGAAUGACCUUUUUUAAGGCUGCUUGUUUGCUUGACUGAUUACUUGUUGUGCUUUUUUGGUUUGGAAGAUACCACUACCGUCGAAUGAAUGGCGAAUGGCAUUGAGGGGGGUAAACGGCGUUUCGUGGACGUGUUGGGGUUGUU